AUGCCCACCACAACCGAAUACUUGGGCUACACCAUCACCAACCUCGGUCCCUUGACCACAACCUACACUGCCCCGGCAGAAUGCGCUACGGCCACGGAUAAUAUUGAGUUCGUACUGGCAGAUGCGCCCUGGAUUCCUGGGGCUUGGGGUUACCCGUCAUGCGUCCCUGGUGAUUAUGGAAAAUGCAUUCCCUCCGGUGCCGCAUAUGAUAAGCUGGCCAAAGAGCACGCCUACACUUGGCAAGAAACUUUCUUUCCAUACUACUCUCCAGGCCUUGUCUGUCCCAAGGGAUGGACCACUGCUGGCGAAUAUGCCAAGAGCAAAGGAACUCCAACAGAGGGAAUGCUUACCGUACAACCCGAGUGGAGCAUCACGGUGCCACAGAUACUCGCUCUCACCCCGAUUUGGUCCUCGGUUCUAGAAGACUCUGAGACCCUGGUCUAUUGUUGCCCUAGCGGUUACACAGGUGACAACUUUCUGAAUUGUCAUUCUGUCAUGGGUCCCUUUACCGAAUUCAGUUAUACUAUAGGCUGUAUUCACACCUGGUCCAGCCCAUACUACACGGAGGUUACGGCAACCUUUGACGGCGCCGAGUCACCAUACCUCUCAAAGAUAAAGAUGACGCAACAGCCCGGGACGGAUUAUUGGGCCGAGACAGCUGAAGAGGAGGAUAUGGCGGUUGCCACAAAAGUACCAGCUGUGGCGCUGGUGUACCAAAGUUCAGACCUAGAGAAGGCAAAAGCGACUGGUGAAAGCGAGAAGAAUGCGGCUACGGCUCUUCUACCUGUGAAAGGUAUGAUACCGGUGGUGACAGUGGUAGUGAGCAUGCUUGCUGGGGCUGGACUGCUGGCACCCUGGUGA